AUGCUUACUUAUAUCCUGCAUAAUAUCUUUGAUAUUCUUAACACUCCAACUAAUGUUAUGUUACUGUUGUUGGUGUUUAUCAUAACAUAUGGAUUGUUUAGUUUACGCAAACCAUCUGGGUUUCCACCUGGACCAAUGGGAUACCCGUUCAUUGGCUCUAUGAUGGAUUUGGUGAACGAUCCCCACCUAACUCUAGUAAAUUAUGGUAAGAAAUAUGGAGAUGUAUUUACAAUGAAGAUUGGCAGUCAGCCUGUGAUUGUACUCAAUUCCCUAGAUGUUAUUACAGAAGCAUUAGUGAAGAAAAAGAAUGAUUUUGCUGGGAGACCAUAUUUUUAUUCAUUGUCAAGUCUGUUGGCAGAAGAGAGUCAAGACAUCUUAUUUGGUAACUUCAAUACUAAGUGGAAGUUGCAGCGAAAAAUAGGUCAUCAAGCCAUUAGAAAUUAUGCCAGUGGAGAAAAACUAGAAUCUCUUAUACGAUGCGACGCUUUUCCUAGUUUCCAGAGCGCUGUUGCUAAAAACAAUGGAAAACCAUUCGUUCCGAAACCAUUACUGUACCUGCUUGUGGGAAAUAUUAUUGCUUCUAUGUGUUUUGGAAAAAAAUAUGAAUAUGAUGACCCCGAACUUCUAAAGUUUAUGAGAGUCUUGAGAGAUAUACAUACAUCAAUUGGGAAUGGUCUAGUAGCUGACUAUGUCCCCCUGUUCCGUUAUAUACCCACUCCCGGUCACAUUGCAGUUAAGAAACAUUUGAAAGAAUGGUUAAAGAUAAUUCAACAUCAGAUUAAUGAACAUAAAGACAAAUUUGGAAAAGCUAAUAAAGAAGUGAAAAGUCUCAUCGAUGACAUCUUAACAAUUCAGCGUACAGCAGAGUUGGCUGGAGAAGACCAGGCCGAGCAACUUACAGACGUCAAUCUACGCCAGACUGUGUCUGAUAUAUUCGGAGGGGGACUAGAAACCACGAUCAACACCUUAGAUUGGGCUGUUGCUUACCUAACGUAUUACCCUGACGUGCAGUCCAAGGUACAAAGAGAAAUCGAUGACGUCAUUGGUGAUGGUCGUCUGCCGCUGUUAUCUGAUAAAGGAAAACUACCGUACUGUGAAGCCGUUAUACAUGAGGUCAUGCGAAUAAGAACAAUUGUUCCCUUUGCCUUACCUCAUACUACUACUGUGGAUACGUCUGUAGGUGGGUACGCAAUACCGAAGGACACAUGGAUUUGGUGUAACGUGUGGAAUGUCCAUAUGAAUGAGAAACAUUGGGAAGAACCAGAAAAGUUUCGUCCAGAACGAUUCUUAGAUGCAGAUGGAGAAUUAUUGCCUCAUUCAGACAGUUUUAUGCCCUUUUCAGCUGGACGCAGAGUGUGUAUGGGAGAAGCAUUGGCUAAGAAUGAGCUGUUUCUGCUAUUCGUGAGUGUGUUCCAACACUACACAUUUAAGGUACCAGCCGACGGCGAGAAGCCGUGUUUGAAGUCGCAUUGCGUUGGACUUGGUCCGAUUGUAAGUGUCUGUCCAUACGAGGUUAUUUCCGUUGAGAGAAUGAAAUGAAACAACCAAUGUGUCAACGAUUUCAGAAAAAUACACUGAACUUUAGCACCAAGAAAUCACCUACUAACAUUGCGA